AUGCCUAAGCCGCCUGCCACGCCUCCACCAUCGCACAUUUUAGGAUCCAUGUCGAGUUGGGAUACAAGAUCUUGGACGCCUCGAGAUGCAUGGGGAGGUGAAGAGAUGGAUUGGUCGGAACGAUCCCAGGAGGACUUGAAACAGGACCUGCAUGGUGACGCGAUCCCAGAAGAGGAUCCCCUAGGUAUGAUACGGACAUCCUUCGCAACUCCAAAGGACAAGAUAAUGAAGGACGAGAUGAAGGAUGAAGUGAAAGACGAGAUGAAGGAUGAGAUCAAGGAUGAAGUGAAAGUCGAGGUGAAGGAUGAGAUGAAGGAAGAGGAAGAUUCGGAGUCCUCCAGUGAAGAUGAAACAGGCCGGUGGAUGUCUGCUUUGCGGCCGCCCCAGCCCAAGAAGAUGCCGCGGCCCGUGCGUAGCUCCGAGGUGGCAACCCCCAAGUGGUCGCCGGCCGCGGCCCCGGCGGCCCCUUCCAAGAACCGCAACCGCUCCACCAGUCCCAGGAAGCUCAUCCGUCCCAGCAGCAAGGCGGCACCACCCAGGGGCCCCAGGGGCCCCACAGCACGGCCACCAUUGCCACCGGAGAAGAGGCUUUCCGUCCAUGAAACCUCAACUGGGUUGCGGCCACAGCCACCACCCAUGACUUUAUAUCAGGAAUCACAGCGAAGCCCUUUGCCUGGUCCUCCACCAGUGCAGGACCCACCCUCUGCGCCAGCCGUUACCACGCUGGCGCGGGCCGCACCUCAACAGGGCUCCAUGGUACCGUGGGCACCACCAGGAGAGAAUCAGAUCCUAGUGGAUGUGGAUCAAGAGGGGCUGGCCAUUGGGGAGAUGCUUCAGGACUCUGGUUUCAUCCAAGCAAUGCAGGUGAUCCAGGGACGUCUCUCCGAUGUGUUAAAAGCUACAGGCCAAUCCAACGGCCCGGUGCGGGUGAACGUGCAUGUGGACCUGGGCGGUGGCCCACCCGCACCCAUGGGAAUUUUGAAUCCCUGCCUGCUGAACAACCUGCAACCGGCACUGCAGGAUAGCGGUGGCGGUGCCUGGGAUCACCUGGCCAAAGAGAGAAUCGUUGAUGCCUCUGAAAUCCGUUUCUGCCAGAGGUCUAUGAAACGACGCUUCCAGGACGGAAGAUCCUUAGAGGAGCUCAUUCGGUCCCUGAUGGCUGGACGGAUCGAUCCCUUGGAAGCUGGGUUCCUCAAAUUGACAGUGGUGGAAAAGAAGGAUGAGAACAAGCGACUCGCCCUCUUCUCGAAGGACAAUCGGCGACUUUAUUGCCUCAAAGAAUACCAGAAGAGAAUCAGUUCGAGCCUCAGUGCAUACGGCCACAUGAAAGGUAAGAAACCUUUGGUUUCGCUGUUCCUUCGAUCGCUCCACCUUUUGCUGGUGCACCAUGUGGAGUCCAUCGCCGAUCCAAACGAUCCCCGUGCAGUUCCAGCCGCACUGACGUGCUUGACGCCGUGGCGUGAUGUCCAGCCUGUGUAUCGAGGCUAUCCUCAAUCCUUUCGCAUCGAGGCGUGUGGCGGUCCCGCGAGUGCAGGGAUGGUUUCCGGGCCAGAUGCUUUGAGCCAAACUUGUGUGCGGCAGGUGGUGCGACACCCUCCAGCUGGCUUUGUUCGCCCUGGAGCCCACUCGCCUUGCAUGGCACGGCCUCCGGUUCCGGCGCCCCUGCCGAAGCACCCCGUGGUGGUGCCACAUGCGCCGCGGCCGGUGCAGAUGCUGCCUGGGGCCAAAGCGAUGGCGAUGCCGCCGUCCAUGAAACCUAUGGCGAAGCCUGUGGCGCAAGCGGUGGCGCAACCGGUGCAACCUGUGCCGAUGCGACAUCAAGGCACCUGCCCAGUGGCCUCGCCGUGCUUUACUUCUCGCGUCGUGGUUCGGGCGCCUUCCCCGACCCCGAUGUCGCCGGCGCGGGCGCUGCACGCACUGUCGCCGGCGAGGGUGAGACAGGAGCCAUCGCCCGCACGGGAGCUGCGCAGACAGGAACGCAGCCCCAUGAAAGCCAGAGUGCUGGAGGUGCGAAAGGUCUACCCGGUGACGACCGGCGUCCAGAAGAUCGAGCCGGAACCCAGAGAGGCGCAGCCCGAGACCGAGACGACCGUGGCAACCGUGGCCCCGGUGGCCCCGGCCCCGGUGGAGGCUGAGGCAACGAAGGCGGCUUCAGAGUUGCAGGAGCCCCAGGGCGCCGAUGUCGAGCGCGAGUCCCAGGGCUCAACGCAGGCCUCGGAGAUGCACGACGAGCUGCGGCGCCAAGUGCGGCCGCUGCCGCCACGGCCCCUGGGCGCCGCGCCGGAGGUGCCCAGCAGCGCAACGGCGGUGGAGCCGUUGCUGUGGCAGAUGCAACCGGAUAAGCAUCCCAGCGAGGCAGAAAGUGAGCGGUCCUUUUUGAACAGCUGCCUCAAAGAUUUGGCCGAAAGUUUGGAUCAACACGGUGGCUUGCAACCGUACCUGAUACAGCGAAAUCAGUUGAGCAGGGCACUGAGCAAGGCCAAAGGCGAUCUCGAUGCGGCCGCCAACGCCACGAUGCAGAUGAUUCGCUUCGCUCUGGAGGAGAUCGUGCAAGAACGACUGCGAAAUGGUGGCCAGAAUCUCUUUGUUCAAGAGGGCUGGAUGAUGUCCAUGGGAAACAAAAAAGUGGUGAAACUUUCUUGCAGGUGUGAAGGAGCUGAAGGAAAGCUGUCAAUUUGUUGGGAUUGGGAUGUGAAGUUGGAAGGCAUCUUGGCUGCAGCCAACCGGGCAGUCAUUGGGCACCACGGCGCCAGCCGAGCCGAGAACGAGCGGCCCCUGAUGGCGUCGCUGGAUGACUUCGAUGCAGAACUUCUGGAGGCUGAAGAGGCCAUACGACACCUGGAGGAGCAACUGCAAGGCCUGCGACCGCCUGCGCCAACACCGCCCCCGUCAGGGAAGAAGGGUGACGCUGAGCGUGCCGGGGUUCCAGGACGCUGGUGCCGUGCUGGCUAUGUGCCGAAUUGGAGGCCUGCUCUUGGCCGAGGCGCCACGUCAGAGCCAAAAGGGCGGCCCAGCACUUUUGGCUCUGCGCGGCGCUUUGAGACACGCCAGGAGAUUGAAGGAGACUUCCUGCUGAAUCCAGCGGAUGAUUGCCUCUCUACAACUACCGUGGCGAAAGGUGCCAAGAUACACAGCGACUCUGUAAAACCGAGACAGAUUUGGGAAGCCAAGAGAUGGCUGGAGAGCAUCGCGGAGCAAAGCAAGUGCAAGGAAGCCUCUGAGAUUUUGCAGUCGGCUGGAUCCCUAUCAGCCAUCACUGCCGCGUGGCAGGCCUUACUGGCUGAGGAGCAGCGUAAGGAGCGAACGCUCAACUUCGACGAUGCCUCGACCGAUGCCGGGAGCGAACUGUCCGAGCUCCUCUCCGUGUCUUCGGCUGCUUCAGCCAGCUCCUCGCUGGUUCCGGGCCCUGGAUCCUACUCUCCGAACUAUGAGGUGCUGCGGCCCAACUUAGCCAAAGGUGCACCAAGCUUCUCGCGCUACAGUGCACGGGAGCGCCAUGAGGAUGAACCUGAGCGUGCUGAUGAUACUGCUUCAGUCUCGCCGCUGUCCAAUGAUGGAUGUCAAGGCUCGGUUUUCACAUGUCCUGGUGGGAAGAUUUUGCCACCGCACAGCACACGACCCAGAAGACCAACUGCCUCCCAGCUGGAUGCCGCUUGCUCCGCCCAGCGGCCACUGGGGCCGUGCUUCGAAGCGACGGAGUCCUUGGACGUGCUUCAAGUGACGGAGGCACAGGACGAUGCGUGGGCACGUGACCCAGCCACUGGCCGAUUGAAAGCCUUGGAGAAGGAGGACGUCCCGGGUCCUGGCGACUAUGAUCUGCCUGCUCUACCAGGUGGACCGGCCGCACUCAUUGCGCCACCCAGUGAAGGGGUGAAGGAAGAGGUUGUGGCACCUGGCCCUGCGCAAUACGACUUGCGAGCCUCUGAGGCGCUGCUCUAUCCGCGAGCGCCCGGUGGCCAGUUCGGGCUGCCGCGUCCCGACGUCAUGGAACAUCAACAGUGUCCAGACUAUAUCGCCGGCUACGAUACCUUGGAGUUGAACUUCGAUCAAGUCGAACCACGAGUUCCCAAUGCUCUGAUCCUGCCGGAGGAAAGCGAAGAAGCCUUGCGAGCACUGCAAAUCAUGAAGCAUCGGGCACCGGCUGCUGGAACAGGUGCUCGUGUGGGACCUGGCACUUAUCAGGAGGACGACUGCAUCCUGCAGCGCAGUCGGCCAGAUCGUAAGGUGCUGCCCUGGCGCCCAAGACCAGAAGGACUAGCCGAGCAUCUCGUGGGACUGCACAAGCACUACACACGCUUUGGGCGUUGGCGUUUGGACGAUCGCGCAAUGCUGGGCGUCGAGGAUGAUUUGCUGUUGCGCCGCAACAGACCGCGGGCGUUUAUUCAACCACCUCAUCAGCCACCAUUGAAACGAAGUUGGUCUGCGGAAGACAUUUGGCGCCUGUAUCUGCCAAAGUUGGACGAACCGCUGGGCCAAAACUUUGCGCGGAACUUGGACUUUGACGAAUGGAAGGAGAAGGAACAGCAUUGGCGCUGGCUGGCAGUGAGACACUUCUGCCGCACACGGCCCAGUCUGCGUCUCUCCUACUCUCUGCCAGACUUGGAGCUGGUGAAAGAUCGGGCUCCAGAGGCGGACUUUUCCAAAGCUCCUGGACGUUCCCCAAAGGCCAUGGAAGAGGAGGAGGUGGAAGGUGACCUGCUGUUGCUGGACCCCGCCUGCGGCCACGAGCUGCGCUAUCCGCGGGUGCCGCAGCCGGUGGAUAUGGCUAGACAGCUGGGUCGGAACGGAGGUCGAAACGACGACCUGGUGGAUGACUUCGAGGAGUUGGUGCUCUCGCCCAAGCGCCCGGAAAAACGCUCAGUGUGCUUCGUGGACAUGGCCAAGGAGCCUGGUAGACCGCCAGAAGCAGAAUGGGAUCCCCACAUCUGGGCGGAAGAAGCGGACAGGGUCCUUUGCUACCAGCCAACAACUUCCUUUGAAACAGCGGAUGUCUUGGACCUGUCUCCUGCUUCAGCUCAACGUCGACUACAGAGACGAGUGCCCACCUACGACUGGGCGCGCUGCAUGGGUCGCCCUGGGCAUGACCUGCGGCUGACAUCACCAGAGGAGGAGGCUCCUGCCCUUCUGACCAACUGGGAAGCGCCCUUCGUCGCGCCUCCACGACCGAUGGUAGGUCCAGUGACUUCGGGUGAUUUUUCGCAUGGAGACAUUGGUGAUUUGGGAAGCUUUGUUCCGGUGGAGUUCACCGUUGUAUCUCCAGCACCACCACCUGGUGAAUCAGCUUGA